AAUUAAAAACACCUUUUACCACCACAAAAUUUUCAAUUAUGGACUGUGUAGAUGAAGGUGUAGAGAUGAAGGUGUGUGUUAGAAGUUUUGCAAAAAAUCCUAUUGAAAAAGAGGAUUCAAAUUCCAUGAUAAUUGAAGAAAGUGUGAAUAAGACACAAAAAAUUACUUCAGUCAAUCAUCCGAAACCUGCACAAAAAAGACCUCGUGAUGACAACGAGAUACUAUUUGAGGAACCAUUAGCUAAAAGACGUCCAACUAAUGAAUGCAAAACUGUGAGAGAAAUACUCAAAAAAAGUGCCGCAACUUCUGUCAGGCCGAGAUCUCAACCAAAUGUAAAUUCUGCAAUGACUUUAAAAAGCUUAUAUCCAAAUUUGAAUUUCACAUUAGAGGCUGAGGUAGGUUCUGCAGUUGUUCCCUACUAUAUGAUGUCAGCCAUGGUAGGCGGACGUAAGUUUUUUGGUCAUGGCAAAACAAAACAAUUGGCUGAAAAAGAUGCAGCUCUACAAAUCUUGAAACACCUCAAAAAUCUUCCCACAAAAAUUACCAAAAACUUUUUCAAAUCACAAACAACUAGUGAACCAAAAUUUCAACAAAUGGUUUUUCAAACUGAUGCUACUACCAAUAGAGAAAUAUCAUCAUUGCAAUUGCCCUCACAUUUGGCUGAUAUUGUGGAAUCGAAAAUAAUGCAAAAAUUUGAUGAACUAACCCGGGGACGUCAAGAGAUUCGUGAGUACAAGGUGGUGGCAGGCAUAGUAAUGACAUUUGACAUGAAUUUUGAACAGGCCCAUGUUGUAUCCAUUGCUACCGGCACCAAGUGUGUGAAUGGUGGUAAUAUCUGUUGCAAUGGUUCGGUUCUCAAUGAUUCUCAUGCUGAGAUUAUAGCCAAAAGAGGUUUAAUGAAUUUUCUUUACACUCAACUACGUUGGCAUUGUGAACCUAACUCGGCAAGAAUUUCGAUUUUUCAUUCCAAUCCAUAUGGUUUACAAAUACCAUACUCUCUUAAACCAAAUGUACAUUUCCAUUUGUACAUAAAUACCGCUCCGUGUGGGGAUGCCCGCAUAUUUAGUAUGCACGAUUAUAAUAGAUUGAAUAAUAUGGCGACAACAUCUUUUAAUAGUGGUCAAUGUGGUCAGUUGCGUACAAAGGUAGAAGGUGAUAUAGGUACAACUCCGGUUGGUACUCGUUAUCAUUCCCAAACCUGGGAUGGUGUGAUAUUGGGAGAACCUUUACUUACCAUGUCCUGUUCGGAUAAAAUAACCCGUUGGAAUGUGGUGGGCAUACAGGGAGCUCUCUUGUCUCAACUGGUUGAACCCAUCUAUUUACAUUCGAUUGUUUUGGGCAGCAUGUUUAGUGCUCAACACAUGUAUCGUGCCACUUGUGGUCGUAUUCAACAUACAUUGGGUUAUCUGCCACAACCAUAUCGCCUUAAUCGACCAUUGUUGGGCCAGACUAGCACACGGUUACCCCGUAAUACUUAUAGAGUGCCUAGUAUCGGUAUUAAUUGGACUUUGGGUGAUAAUGAUAUUGAAAUUAUUUCCUUGCCCACUGGCCGCAUAAUUUACAAUGAAACUUCCUGUUUAUCGAAACAAGCAUUCUUUUAUAAGUUUAACUAUUUGUUAAACAAUUUACCAAAUAUAGGCGGUGCCUAUAUGAGCAAUAACUAUGCUGAAGCAAAAGAAAAUUCCCGAGACUUUCAAAUGGCUAAAACGGAAUUAUUGUCCGCCUUUUAUCGUGCCAAUUUGGGGUCUUGGGUUAAAAAACCCAUCGAACAAAAUGAAUUUACAAUGAAUUUAAAUUGAAAUUUGCA